AUGCCCCUCACACGGCCCAACCCGCGAUUCCUCGCCCGCACAAACCGUAUCUUCACCUCGCAAAUACGAACAUACGCUGCACCCGGCGACGGCGUGAUCCCACCUGCGAAGAAGAAGUAUGUUCCGACUUCAGGCACAUACCCGCUCGGAUUCAAGGCUGGAAGUGCGCAUGUUGGUGUCAAGGCGUCCAACACCCGCUUCGACGAUCUUGCUCUCAUCGCAUCCGACACACCAUGCGCGGGAGCGGCCGUCUUCACAACGAACAAGUUCCAAGCUGCUCCAGUCACUGUCAGCAGGGACAUGCUGAAGAAGAGGAAGGGCGAGGGAAUCCGGGCUGUCGUAGUAAAUUCAGGAUGCGCCAACGCAGUGACGGGACGUGGAGGUAUCGAGGAUGCUAUCUCCAUGGGCCAUGAAACCGACAAGUGCUUCAUACAAGACAAGAACGGGCAAGACGACCUGAAAGGAAGCCGGAGCAUUGUCAUGAGCACAGGUGUCAUCGGCCAGCGCCUGCCCAUUGACAAAAUUACCUCGAAGAUACCCACUGCAUACUACAAUCUCGGAGACACGCACGAACACUGGCUAGGCACCGCACGUGCAAUCUGUACGACCGACACAUUCCCCAAGCUCCUCUCCAAGACAUUUUCGUUACCGAGCACUCAACAAGAAUACCACAUUGCGGGUAUGACUAAGGGCGCAGGCAUGAUCCAUCCCAACAUGGCCACGCUUCUAGGCAUAAUCUGCACAGACGCCCCCGUCGCCCCUUACCUGCUCCGUCAAGCACUUGUCGCCGCCAUUGGAAAGUCCUUUAACAGCAUUUCCAUCGAUGGUGACACAUCUACCAACGACACAGUAGCUAUCCUAGCCAACGGUGCCGCCGGUGGACAGCCCAUUACCUCAGCCGAUUCCAAAGACUUUGCCGCUUUCCAAAAAGUCCUCACAGACUUCUCGAUUGACCUGGCGAAACUGGUCGUCAGAGACGGCGAAGGUGCGACGAAAUUUGUCACCAUCAAGGUGACAAAUGCCGCGUCUUACAAGGAUGCUCACCGCGUAGCCUCGACCAUUGCGCGCUCACCGCUCGUCAAGACAGCCCUGUACGGAAAGGACGCAAACUGGGGCCGUAUCUUGUGCGCGACGGGUUACGCCGAAGGCGUCGACUCCGUUGUUCCCGAAGAGACGAGCGUUAGCUUUGUCCCCACGGACGGCAGUGAGGAGUUGAAGCUACUUGUCAAGGGUGAGCCGGAGCAAGUUGAUGAGAACAGGGCAGCCAAGAUUCUAGAGGCUGAGGAUUUGGAGAUCAAGGUUAGGCUGAGUGAGAAGGAAGGCGAGGAGGCUGUCUUCUGGACAUGUGAUUUUAGUCACGAGUAUGUUACUAUCAACGGUGAUUACCGGACGUGA